GUUAAGCUGUCGAAAAUGAAUUAAAAUCCGUCGACCCGCGACCGCGAGUGCGGCAGCACGACUCGCCACGACAAACUCCUACGAGCACGACCAAGCGAGCGACACCCGGGGAUCGGUCGGACCAAGCAAGCCGGCUCGCCGCUCGCCGGCCUGCUUCUGCAUCGGCAGCGGGAUGGGCACGCCUUCGAUGCAGAAGAGCUGGCGCAAGGCGUGCGGCGCCAUCAAGGACUCCACCACCGUCAGCCUCGCCAAGGUCAACAGCGGCCGCGACCACCUCAAGGAUCUCGACGUCGCCGUCGUCAAGGCCACCAGCCACGUCGAGCGCCCGCCCAAGGACCGACACCUCGCCAAGAUCGUCGGCGCCCGGUCGCGCACGGAGGUCUCCCACUGCGUCCACGCGCUCGCCAGGCGCCUCUCCAACACCAGCAACUGGGUGGUGGCUCUGAAGGCGCUGGUGGUGAUCCACAGGGCGCUGCGGGAGGGCGACGGCGGCGCGUUCAGGGAGGAGCUGCUGAGCCACGGGCGGCGGCGGGGGCACGCGCUGCGGAUGUCCAGCUUCAAGGACGACUCGGGCCACCUGGCCUGGGACUGCUCCGCGUGGGUGCGCACCUACGCGCUCUUCCUCGAGGAGCGGCUCGAGUGCUUCGCGGUGCUCCGGUACGACGUGGAGGCGGAGCGCCUCCGAGCCCCGGCGCCGGCGGCGGAGGGGCAGAAGCCUCACACCAAGGCGCAGGGCCGGACGAGGGGCCUCGGCAAGGACGACCUCCUCGAGCAGCUCCCCGCGCUGCAGCAGCUGCUCUUCCGGCUCGUCGGCUGCCAGGUGCAGUUCAGUUCAUCGUAUUGUUUGUUACUGCACGUUUUGCACAGACAGUUUGUGCAAACAUUCGUGCCCAACAUUUCAUUGCAGCCUGAGGGAGCGGCGUUCGGGAACUACCUCAUACAGUACGCCUUAGCUCUGGUGUUGAAGGAGAGCUUCAAGAUCUACUGCGCCGUCAACGAUGGCAUCAUCAACCUCGUGGACGUGUUCUUCGACAUGAGCAAGCUCGAUGCCAUCAAAGCCCAGGACAUCUACAGAAGAACAGGGACUCUGGCGAAGAGCCUGUCUGAAUUCUACGUGCUCUGCAGGGGGUUGGAACUCGCCAGAAACUUCCAGUUUCCAGUUCUCAGAGAGCCACCUGCGUCGUUUCUUGCAACGAUGGAGGAGUACAUCAGAGAAGCACCCAGGGCUGGUCACGUUGCAAAUAAGACCAUUGAAUAUCGGCAACUGGAUCCUACUGCAGACCAAGAAGAACAACCACCACCUGAACCGCCCCGCGAGGCCACGACGGAAGAACCUACAGUGGAGGAACCGCUGCCGGAGCCCGAAGAGGAAGCCCACUCUGCAGCUGACCUCGACGAUGAACCUGAACCUGCCACCACCACUGCCGAUUUCGAUUUACUGGGUUUACAUGAGGUGAGCUCCGCUGCCGCUGAGAUCGAGGAGAGCAACGCACUGGCCCUGGCCAUUGUAGCACCAGGUGGUGGCAGCAGCGCGUCUGCGUCUGCGUCUGCUGCUGUCGGCAUGGCUGGAUCAUCGGUCUGGGAGCUGGCGCUGGUCGCGGCACGGACCGACAUCAGCAACCGAUCGGCAGAGAUGAAGCUGGCCGGGGGCUUCGAUGGCCUGCUGCUCGACAGCCUGUACGAGGACGCGGCGAGGAGGCAGCAGCAGCAGGCGACCCACGCGGACCCUGCCGGGGACCCGUUCGCCGCGUCGACGAGCGUCGCGCCGCCCACCGACGUGCAGAUGUCGAUGAUGCAGCAGCAGCAGCAGGAGAUGUUUGGGAUGCCGCUGCCGUUUCAGCAUGCCGGCGCUGCUGCUGCUUCUUCUCAGGCUCUGGCCAAUCCGUUCGGUGACGCGUACUCUGCUAUGUUACCCCAGGGGCAGGGGCAGGGUACCCCCUUCCAUGGCCACGGGAGCGGCAGCUUGAUCUGAAUAUGUACUAUGCUUGUUUUGUGUAGAAGUAGCAGCAUCCGGUAGCUCUGGUUUUAAUUGGGACUAUUACAUGAUGAUUGACUAGCAACAUUGUGGCUGUGCGCCAUGGGAUCGACACAGAUGAUGAAUCUUA